GCCUGGCGGGCUGGGCCUGUGCUCGCUGAGGGAGCGGAGUGAGGGCUGGGAGCAGCCAUGAUGGAAGGCUCGGACGACGGCCCAGAUUUCCUUCCCGAGGAGGACCGAGGCCUUAGACCGGUCAAUGUAGAUCUGCAAACAGAUUCUGCCUUGCAAGUGGACAUUUCAGAUGCUCUAAGUGAAAGAGACAAAGUUAAAUUUACCGUCCAUACAAAGAGUUCUUUACCAAAUUUCAAACAAAAUGAAUUUUCAGUUGUCCGACAACAUGAAGAAUUUAUCUGGCUUCAUGAUUCUUUUGUUGAGAAUGAAGAUUAUGCAGGCUAUAUUAUCCCACCAGCACCACCCAGGCCUGAUUUUGAUGCCUCAAGAGAGAAAUUGCAGAAGCUUGGUGAAGGAGAAGGAUCGAUGACCAAGGAAGAAUUCACUAAGAUGAAACAAGAAUUGGAAGCUGAGUAUUUGGCAAUAUUCAAGAAGACAGUAGCCAUGCAUGAAGUUUUCUUGUGUCGUGUGGCAGCACAUCCUAUUCUGAGAAAGGACUUAAAUUUCCAUGUCUUCUUGGAAUAUAACCAGGAUUUGAGUGUCCGUGGAAAAAACAAGAAAGAGAAAUUAGAAGACUUUUUUAAAAACAUGGUUAAGUCUGCUGAUGGUGUCAUUGUUUCAGGAGUAAAGGAUGUAGAUGACUUCUUUGAACAUGAAAGAACAUUCCUUGUUGAGUACCACAACCGUGUGAAAGAUUCCUCUAUCAAAUCUGAUAAAAUGACACGAUCUCACAAAAAUGUUGCAGAUGACUGCAAUAGAAUUGGGUCGUCACUAUACACAUUGGGAACACAGGACUCCACAGAUAUAUGCAAAUUUUUUCUGAAAGUAUCAGAAUUGUUUGACAAAACAAGGAAAAUAGAAGCACGAGUGUCUGCUGAUGAAGACCUUAAACUUUCAGAUCUUCUAAAAUAUUACUUAAGAGAAUCUCAAGCUGCAAAGGACCUUCUAUACAGAAGAUCUAGGUCAUUAGUGGAUUAUGAAAAUGCUAACAAGGCACUGGACAAAGCAAGAGCAAAAAACAAAGAUGUCCUGCAAGCUGAAACUACUCAGCAAAUUUGUUGUCAAAAAUUUGAAAAAAUAUCCGAAUCAGCAAAACAAGAACUCAUCGACUUUAAAACUAGAAGAGUUGCUGCAUUCCGGAAGAAUCUAGUUGAACUGGCAGAAUUGGAACUGAAGCAUGCAAAGGGUAAUUUACAGCUGUUGCAGAGCUGUCUGGCAGUGUUAAAUGGAGACACAUAAACCAGGAUUCAACCUCCCAUUAAAAGGGCUGCCUUCUGCUGGAGUUUAUUUUCAUGACUUUAAAUUGGCAUUUAAAACUUGAUGGAAGUUGGUUGACAAAGGACACAUAAACAAGCUCCUCUUUUUUUUUUCUUCUGAAAAAGCAUAAGGUCACCUGAGUAAUUCCAGACUAUAUGAAGCAAUGGCAAAAUUGUUAUACACACAUAUUCACAUUUGUUAAUUUAAUCAUUGUAUGCUCUUAUUGUUCAGAAAACCAAACAUUCUUGGUCUUUUUUUUGUGAAAGUAGCCAAUAUAAUUAUGUUCUUGUUAAGGUUAGUAUUGAAUAUUGCUGCCACUCUUAUUUUACUACCUUUUUGUAACUUCUGAAGUUGAUAAUUUGAAACAAAUUGUUCCAAAUGGAUUAAAUAUUGCCACUAGAUGUUUGAAUAUUGUUGUUAUAAAGCAUUGGCUUGGUUAUUCCACAUAACGUUAUCAAGCAUCUUAACUUUUUUCCCCAAAUAACAAACAUUUCCUAGAAAUUUUGGAGCAAACUUUAUGUAAUCUUUAUAAUAGGAACUUCAAAAGAAAAGCAAAUGCAUCAGUAUGUUUGCCUUAACUUGUAGACUAAUCCCAAUUAUUGUAAAAUAAACUGUGAAAAGUGAUUUUUUUCUAAAA